UCAAUUUAUACGUAAACCCAGGUCAAGUUAUCUCGCUACGACAGACAAACUUCUCUUAAGACCAGUUGACUCAGCACAGCGUCAGCACACUAGUUGUAAAGCGACACUCUGCUCCACGCACACUAAAGCCAAAGCGACUCAUCUCUAGUAUUUUUCCACCCCCCUGCCGUUUUUAGACAAAAUGGCAAACAAGCAGAAGAGGAAAAACAAGCAGAAGCAGUCCAGUAACUCAUCGUUUCUGCAAAGUAAAGCACUGACAUCAUCCCUUUCUUUCGCGGACGGUACCGAGGAUGGCCUUCUGCCAAGUGACAAAGUACCUGCUCCGCAGGAGGUAUCAUCCACCGCAGCACCUCCCGCAAAGCCGGUUGGCCUGUCAAGAAACGUAGCUGGUUUGCAGUUCAUGCGGAAAAGCCGAGUGACAUCAGCGACUACAACACCUUCGCAGAGGACAGGAGUGAAUGCGUCGGGUGCAGCUACAAGACCUGGAACUACUACUCCCGCCGGUGCGACGGCGAGAACAGCACCGGGGCAAAAUUCUGCUGGUUCAUCGGCUGCUGCAGUUCAGCAGGAACAAGCGGGUAUCAAUCCCGCGGAGCAGGGACCAGGUCAUCUUGAACUACAGCCAGUAACCCUACCAGAGCAGUGGGUCUUGCCGGGGUACGAGGAGGAAUGCGCCAGAACGGACAACAUCCGCGAUCCCUACGAAAGGGUCCCUACGAAAGAGGAGCAGGUUCUUUCUAGCGGACAGGCGAAUAUCAGCACGAAGAAGAUCAAGCCCUUCGGUCGGCAAUCUUUCAAUGGAUGCAAUCCGCACCUGGAGGCGUUUCUGGUCGCGAGGAAAGAUCAGAAGCGAGGCCGAGACGAUUUGGAGCAAGCAGAAUUGCUGAUGAAAUUCAAAAAGCAGAGGACGAAAUGAAGAAACUAUUUACUUUCUUCAUGCGACGACCAAUUGUAUUUGUACAGAAGCAUUUGCAUUCGCAGUCGCAGCAUUGAAUAUUUGAGUCAGUCCUUUCAGAAU